GAGACCGCGCCAAAGCUCAGACAGCGGCCACUCUUCAGGAUAUCAACAUACUGCGGAGGGCAUUUAAACGCACUCUCCUGUCGCUCCAACUAUUAUACACAUCGCACUGUUCGGUCUUUACGACUUAGGGGGACUGUUUUCGUCUGUUGCACUUGAGUCGAGACACAGAAGCCAAGUUUCAUGCCGGUUUUCGGGAAUCGGUGUGCGACUCAACGGUCGUGACACGACUUUGACGGGCGCGGUGCGGCGGAGUUGGCGCACUGCUGGACUGGAUAUAUUAUUCGCUUGAAGCCAAGACGGUCUGCACCAUUUAUAUUGCGCCUGAACCCACUUCUCUUCUGACUGUAGUGGUUGCUCUGACUCUUAGCGGGUGAAUAGGGAUCGUCUACGCCGGGUUUUCAGUGUGAAUAUGUUGCUGUCAAAGUUUGGUUCAUUUUCGCAUAUUUGCAAUCCUUCAAGUAUGGACCAUCUACCAGUGAAAAUACAGCUCCAACCGGUUAAAGUGGAAAAGGAGCCAUUUGAAAAGGUUUACCAAGUGGGAUCCGUGCUGGGCAGUGGAGGAUUUGGAACAGUCUACGCCGGCAGCCGGAUCUCUGAUGGCGCACCGGUCGCUGUGAAACAUGUUGCGAAGGAGAGGGUGACCGAGUGGGGCACAAUUAACGGAGCUAUGGUGCCUUUGGAGAUCCUGCUGUUGAAGAAGGUCAGCUCGUCUUUUCGCGGAGUUAUCAAAUUGCUGGACUUUUACGAGCGGGCGGACGGCUGGCUGAUCGUAAUGGAGAGGCCGGAGCUCGUCAAGGACCUUUUCGACUUCAUCACCGAGAAGGGCGCCCUGGAUGAGGACACGGCUCGGGGCUUUUUCCGCCAGGUUUUGGAGGCGGUCAGACACUGCUACAGCUGCGGUGUAGUACACAGAGACAUCAAAGAUGAAAACCUGCUUGUGGAUCUACGCACCGGGGAGCUCAAGCUUAUUGACUUUGGCUCAGGGGCGAUUCUCAAGGACACAGUGUACACCGAUUUCGAUGGUACUAGAGUGUACAGCCCACCAGAGUGGAUCCGCUUCCACAGAUACCAUGGCCGCUCGGCUACAGUGUGGUCGCUAGGCGUGCUGUUGUACGACAUGGUGUGUGGAGACAUCCCCUUUGAGCAGGACGAGGAGAUACUCAGGGGUAGACUGUACUUCAGGAGAAGGAUUUCAGCCGAAUGUCAGCAGCUGAUCAAAUGGUGCCUGGCCCUGCGGCCCUCAGAUCGGCCCACCCUGGAGCAGAUUUGCGACCACCCCUGGAUGAGGGCGACGACAGAGUCACCCAAGUCACCAGAGGAGCCGGCCGCCGGUGACAUCCGCCUCAGGACCAUCGACACAGACUCUUCGUCAAGCACAAGCUCGAGCAAGGAGAGCCUCUGAGGAUGGUUCUGAUGGACUGAAAAGACUUUGUGGGGAAAGAAGGGGUUUGGAUGGAGGGAGUGAUAUGGACUUAAGGCCAGCAGCCUGUAGCCCAACUGGCCUGUCAGUGGCCGGGCGCUUCACUCAGCUGGUCCAGCUAGAAAAAUAUAAUUUUCCUGUUUUUGUAGGGAAUUUUUAAUUUAUUACCAUUUGUUCUUCCUUAUCUUACCCCCCCCAUCUCCUCUUUUUUUCUUUGAGUUGAUUAUACUUGUUUCCUAAUCGGGAACAUUUUUCUGUUUGGGCGGUCUUACCAGCACUAUUUAUUCACACCCCCCCUCCCUCUUUUUUAACUUUAUUUCACUUACUUUGUUACUAGGCUGGUAUAUGCAGCUGGCAAGGCCCUCCUAUCAGACAUGGCUGCUCUCAUAGAGCUUUGAGAAAAAUCUUUUUAUUUAAAUGUUUUAAUUUUGAUUUUGUAGUGCCUUUUUUGGGGAAGCUGCUUUUCUGGGGGCUUUUGUCAACAACUGUUGUUUUUUUGGAUUUGCCCUGGCCUGGUGGCUAAGUUGUCUGUACUGUGAUGGAAUUGGUGGGGUUUGAGGCAGUUUUUUUGUUUGUUUGUUUGUUUGUUUUUUUUCAUCCCCCUCUCCUCUCCAUCACUGUUAGCCAACCAGCCUCCAGCCAAGAGGCUAAGAUAGCAUUAGAUAGGAGAGAAGGAGGUGGGGGCUCUUCCUGACAAUGGAAUACUUGAAAAACUCUUGACUCAACUCUGUGUCGCUCUCUUUAACGCUGCUCACUCACUCUAUAGCCUGAACAGGUGUUUGGAAACUGGAUCCUGUCUUUUCUGAAUGUCUACAAAACGUCAACACUCAUACACCUCCCCCAUGACCACCACCACCUCUUUCCCCCUUUUCCCCCACGCCUGUUGCAGGGUGUAUUGCCCUCUUGACGUAUCUUUUGUUUUUGCCUCCCACCAUCUCACUGCUUGACACUACAUAGCCCCCACCCCUGGCUUCCCUCAGGGUUUGGGGUGUGAAAUGCACAAUCAAUGCAAUAUUCAUGGACUCAAUUAUGUAUUUUUUUUUUUUUUUCAACAAAUAUUGUACAGCGCGUUUUUUUCCCCCUCUUUUUGUGUGUACUUUUUUUCUCCCCAUUUGCUUUUAAUUUAUUUGUAAACAUGUAGACAUUCCACACUCUGUGGUUAUUUAUUUAUUUAUUGUCUUUGCUUAAAAGCCCCCCCCCCCUAAAAAUUUGCAUAUCCUUCUUGGUAUUUGGUUUGCAUUCCUAUAACUUAUUUUUACAUUUCACUUUUUUUUUUUUGAGAUGUGGAGGAUGCACUGAAGCAGUUGUCGAUGUAAAGCAGAAUAAAACAAGUUUACUUAAAUUUGAGGAGCAUUUGAAUGUUAUUUAACUACUUAAAAAAAAGAAAAGGUCUGUUGGUAAUGUUGAAUGGCAAAGUAUCAGAGAAAUCCAUCUGGUUUCUGUACUGUCAAGAAUAAUCUGAGUUACAUGGAAAAUUGAACAUCAGAUGGAGCAGCUCUCGUAGUUGUCACAUAGCCUCACAAUGGAGACCUUUCAGUUCAGCUGUGUGACUUGUGGCUGUGAAGGAUGGAUCUCGCUAUUUUUUGAUACAAAAGUUUCAAUUAAACAUGCAUUUUUAUGUACAGAAA